UAAAUGCACCAGCUGCAGUUUUGCCUCUAAAAACAUGAAAGACCUGCGACACCACAUGAUGACACACACCAACGAGAAGCCUUACUCCUGCCAGGUGUGCGGCCAAAGGUUCAACCGUAACGGCCAUCUGAAGUUCCACAUGGAGAGGCUUCACACUCAUGAGCCGUCUCUCCGUAAAGCUCACUCCGUCCCCUCACAGCAGACCAUCAUCAUCAACAGCGAUGAAGAAGCUUUAGCCACACUGCAGAAUUUGCAGGCGGGUCAAACGGUCAUCAGCCCAGAGAGAUUAUAGCAAGCGUUGGGUCA